CGAGAGGAUCUCUCGCAGCAGGAGGGUCACCUGCAGCCUCAGCAGCAGACGUUGCAGAUGAGUCAGCAGCAGCAGGGUCAGCAACAGGGCCAGCCGCCGAGUCAGCAGCAGACGCAGCAGAAUCAGCAGCAGCAGCAGAAUCAGGGUAUGCAACAGGAGCAACCGAAUCGCCAGUCUACGGGCCAGCAGACCGUUAAGGAGGGCUCACGGUCCAAGCCUCAACCUUGCAAGGUCUGCGGCAAGGUGCUGUCCUCCGCUUCCUCUUAUUACGUGCAUAUGAAACUUCAUUCGGGGAACAAGCCCUACCAUUGUACAGUAUGCGAGGCGAGUUUUUGCCGCAAACCUUAUCUGGAAGUGCACAUGAGGACGCACACGGGCGAGCGACCUUUCCAAUGUGAGCUAUGUCUGAAAAGGUUUACGCAAAAGAGCAGUCUCAAUACUCACAAACGUGUGCACACGGGCGAGCGACCGUACGCGUGCGACAUCUGCCACAAACGUUUCGCCGUCAAGAGCUACGUCACGGCGCACCGUUGGAGCCACGUAGCCGAGAAGCCGCUGGUCUGCGACCGAUGUUCUCUCACGUUCACGUCCAAAAGUCAAUUUGCGAUUCACAUCCGUACACAUACCGCCAGUACCACUUACGAGUGCAAUAUCUGCGGUCGUACAUUUGUACGCGACAGUUAUCUGAUAAGGCAUCAGAAUCGGGUGCACCGCGACAUGAAUCAGAGCAGCUCGAAUCACAAUCCGCCGACGCCGCAGAGCAGCGGUGCCGGCACGCCGGGCGCCGGCUUCGAGAGUCCGGUCUGUGAUCUGCGCUACAGCGAGGGUCCGUCGUCCCUGGACGGUCUCGCGGGAGCUAAGGGCGCGGGCAUCGCCGCGGAGAUCGCCAGUUUAGCCAAGCAGAACAAUCUACAGCUUCCACUACCGCUGCUGCAUCCGCAGACCACCAACUAGUGUUUAGACAGCAGCAGCGCUACCCAGUCCCUGCCGCAACACCAAUCACCACAGCAAGUAGUAUGUCCCACCUCGGCGUCUUCGCCGUUCACACUUAACUCACCUAUAUCUCACAUCGAGCACACGAGCACACCGCAGAGUGUCUACCAAACGACGGGCUCCUCCGAUCCCUUGGAAAGCCCCAACUCCCAACUCUAUCCGCACUUGUCGUCCCCUCUAGACCCAACGUCGGAGUCGCAACAUCAUUCGCAUCAGCUGCACCGCGGCAUCCCUCCGCCAGGGCUUCACCCCGCGCUCUAUCUCUACGCUGCUCAGUAUUCGAACACGAGUCCCGCGACUUCGUAUUCGGAAUAUAUGCAGCGUAACAAUUAAAACGCGAGUUUUCAUCUAGCAUCGAUCGGCUUCCAACGUGAACGAAAAUACCAGUGAGACUGGUGCUAUUUAAUCGCGUCGGUUGAUCAAAGUGCCUAUCGAGCAUCCACUUCCGGUUCGUAACAACGGAUGCUCGCUCGUCACGGUUUAGGAAUACGGUUUCGGUUUUGGUGCAGGAAGGGAUACGACUACUCAGCUCGAUCAGUCGCGACGUGAUUACCGUUCGAUAAUUGUUCGCUAAUAUUUUGUGUCUUUAUAUCUAAUCUAAUGGAUUUUAUAUUCAUGAACAUCUUUUAACGUGAGAUUGAAUAGCACCCGCUUGAAGCGGUGUUUUUAAUCUUUGAACGAUAAAUCGUUCUGAUCGCUAUUCGCGGAUCGUUUCAAUAAAUCGAUCGCUAUUCGUACGCGAUGCUAGCUGAAACCGAAGCGUGUAUCGUUUCUACGAGUCUCCACGAUUUCAGCACUCUUGUUUCGCCUGAUUUUAAUCACAUUUCUGUGAAUAUAUGUCGCAGGGAUUUUGUGUAAUUCGUUAUUUUUUUUCUUUUUACAACAUUCCUAGAGACUCCACAAAAGAACCGGGAUAUUGUGGAUUAAAUACAAAUUAUACAAUCUUACUAGUGAUUUUGUAAAGUCUUAAGUUCUAUCAGCGAAAGUGUAAGUUAAAAUUUUUAUUAAUUUAUAUUUAUAAAUACAUUAAUUUUUAUUUAUUAUACAAUAUCCCAGUUUGUUGUGGAUUUUAACAGUAAAGAUUUCUCUAUUCGACUUUAACUGGCUAUCUUAACCCUCAGUUACGUCACCUGGGUCUGAGAGACCCUGCACAUUGUUAAAAUGUGCAGGGUCUUUAAAAUGUUCAUAAAACCCUUGUAUCUUUUUUUAGUCAGUACUACGUCAACUUGAAAAAAGCAAUCUUUUUCGCCUUUUCAGAAAAACACGUUUUUUUUUUUUUUAAUAACAUUUACAUUUUUUAACUUGGAAUAAUCUAACUUGCACAGUCUUGUAGAUCUUUAAAAGACGCAUUGAUUAAAAAAAAAAAACUUCAAAUUGAUGCAUUUGUCUUAAAGAUACAAGCUAGAGAAAACGGCAGGGGUCUCUCAGACCCUGGUGAGGUAAUAUCGGGGUGUAGAAACGUAAGGUAACUGAGGGUUAAUAAUCGUCAUGACAAUACCACCAUUAGUUUUGGUCAAGACGUUUCGACUAUAGUUUUGGUCUUUCUUAAUCGAUGUAACUUUGACGAUAAUAUAUGUAUAUAACACCCUAUUUAAAAAAUUGAUUGCGAAAAAUAUCGAUUAUAUAUAAUAAAGAUAGGUCAAAUAAAAAAAUCUUUACUGUUAAUUAUUCACUGACGAAAUAAAAGUUACUUAUUUGGUUUUCGUGGAUUUUCUAGGAAUUUUGAAAAAAAAAACGAAUUACAUGAAAACCCUGCGAUAUAUACAUAUGUAUAUACACAUAUACAUAUGUAU